AUGUUUUCCACGUCGCAGUGCGAUCCUAACGUAUGGUUACGGACACGAAAAUGUGCUCAGGGCCAUUCACAGAUUUUAGGAGAACCGCGGGACCUCUUCGAUAUGAACUGCUGUCUGGUCAGAGAGAAGGGGGGGAGGCGGGAAUCUGCUCUGCUAGACUUUUGUGAAUCCAAAGUUUGCUUAGAGAUUAUGUUUAUGGAUUAAACCCCUAUUUGCCAGAGGCUUGGACUUUGCACCCGGCGGCAUCUUUGUAUUUCCCAGCCAAAGUCCAACUCAAAAAAUUGCCUUUAAAUUAGUCGGUAAAGGAGGUUGGAGGAACCGUAUUCUCUGUCUGUGUGGAGGAAAAAGCCAGUUCUGAUAGGAGCGUCGGUGAGAUUUCUACCAUCUGGGCAACAAGAUAAGACGAAGAACUUCCUUGCCAUCCUAUGUGAGUCACGUGCUCUUUGAAGGAGGUGGAUUUUACCUAUGACCAGUGGAGUAAAGGUGUUCUCCUUGAGGUAGUUAUGGCUCUGGCAGAAGCCACUGAAGCCACUGAAAUCAAACCCAACUCGCUGAGAUUUUCUGCUAUCAGCCUGGGGGUGUGACUGUUACUUUCUAUAAGGGAAAAAAAAACACCUUUCUGCAAGUCACUUUUACUCUCUUAACCCUGGUCACCUGCUCAGACAUUUCUGGCACAGUCUAAAAGUCCUUGGAAGGGUGCAUUAUAGUGACCGGUGGAAAUAGCAGCGGACCAGAAUUCGUGGUGAAUCAGUUCCCAAGAAGCAAAUGCGCCAACGUAAUGGCAGAAAAACAUAAAGUGGACACUUUUUCUUCUUCUAGUUUUCCCAAAACCUGUCAGAAAUGACAUCUGACUCAUGCUAAUGGAAACACUUGACCUCAUCAAAAUGGCGGACUUAGAAUGCAGCCAGCUCUGCCCCUUUGUUCCCUUAAAGGACUAUCAACAUCCUCUUCCUUUAUCUUAAGAAAUUUUGCAAGAGAUGGAGAGCAUGAAAGAACUUUCACCGUCUAUAAACGCGGAAAGCUCUGGAGUAUUAACUGACUUCCAGUCGCUGGGAAAUGGUUCAGACGGAUCUGUCCACGCAGAUUCCUUCUCACCAGCAUCAAGCCCCUCAUCUGUGAAUCUCGCUGCUCUUCCAAGCAGCAAAGAGGAGCUCCCCAAUGUGGCCUUAAACAUUGAAUGUAGAAUCUGUGGAGAUAAAGCCUCAGGCUAUCACUAUGGAGUCCAUGCUUGCGAAGGUUGUAAGGGUUUUUUCAGGAGAACCAUCCGGCUGAAACUGAUUUACGACCGAUGUGAUCGCAACUGCAAAAUCCAGAAGAAGAACCGUAACAAGUGCCAAUACUGUCGUUUUCAGAAGUGCCUUUCCGUUGGGAUGUCCCAUAAUGAUCGGCCAGGCUUGGUAAACAUAGGACACAUUGAGAAGAUGCAGGAAAGCAUCGUGCACGUACUGAAACUUCACUUAGAAAACAACCAUCCGGAUGACAUCUUCCUGUUCCCCAAACUUCUCCAGAAAAUGGCAGAUCUCCGGCAGCUGGUCACAGAACACGCCCAGCUAGUUCAAAUAAUCAAAAAGACCGAAUCCGAUGCACACUUACAUCCUUUGCUACAAGAAAUAUACAAGGAUAUGUACUAAGGUGGUUUUUCCGUUUUGUACCGUAGGCAAAAGCCGUCGCUCACAUGGCCAGAUGCUUCAGGCGCAUUGGUCUCCAGCAUGCUUCAGCUGGAGCAUUUGCCAUCGUCCUAAAAUUUGGGUAACUGGAAUAUCCAUUUCUCUGGCAGGGGUUUCGGUAAUUGAAAGAAAUUGCGUAAUAGAGAGAGAGAGAUGAUGAUGAUGAUGAUAGUAAGGGGUGAUUGAUUUGAAAUUUGGGCCACGGUGGGAAUUGCGUCGUGCCACAACUUAAGUCACAAACACAAUGCCUUCUGACAUUUCUGCACUUUUGAAGUAUUUGUCGUUAUCCCCGUUCCCCCCCACUUCCUUAAUAUGUGAAAGUCAAUCGUUUGGGGCAGGAUCCAAAGAACCUUGGGGUGGGCAGUGGCCGGAAGUGCUUCGCCGUUAUGUUUCUCCCACAGUGUGUAGGAGGAAUUAUACUUGAAACUCAGGGAUGUUUCGAAAACAAAGGUGAAGAGGGUUAGCCGUUGAGGGGAAAAAGGGCAUAUGUACAUCUUUUAGAUGUGUCUGACUUUGUUCCUGGGAUUGCUUGCCUUGGGUACUAGAUCUGUGAUCGUUGAAGAGCCCUGGUGGCGCAGUAGUUGGAAUGCAGUAUUGCAAGCUAACUCUGCCCACUGUCAGCAGUUCGAUCCAGAG